AUCAGUACUUCCGCGUCAGCUUUGUGACGUUGUGUCUGAAAGCUGUGAGUACUUCCAUGCCGUGGAGUGGACGUGGCCCUGCGGACUUUAUAUCAACCACCCAUGCAGCACUGCCUCACUCUGACCCUUGCCCGGCACAGCAGGCUUGUCUUAAGAAAUAAACUACGAACUGUCCACUACCAGCAGUCAGCAGCCAUGUCGGGUCUACUCAUCAACCAGCCAAAAUACGCCUGGCUGAAAGAGCUUGGUCUGUCUGAAGACAACCCUGGUGUUUACAACGGUAGCUGGGGAGGCAGCGGGGAAGUCGUCACUUCAUACUGUCCAGCCAACAACGAGCCAAUUGCCAGAGUAACCCAGGCCACUAUGGCAGAGUAUGAAGAAACUGUUCAGAAGACAAGGGAGGCUUGGAAGAUGUGGGCAGAUAUUCCUGCUCCUAAAAGAGGGGAAAUUGUGAGGCAGAUUGGAGAUGCUCUCAGGAAGAAGAUCAAAGUCCUCGGCAGCCUGGUGUCUCUAGAAAUGGGCAAGAUCUAUGUUGAGGGAGUGGGAGAGGUUCAGGAAUACGUUGAUGUCUGUGAUUACGCCGUUGGUUUGUCCAGAAUGAUUGGUGGCCCAAUCCUGCCUUCAGAAAGACCUGGCCAUGCCCUCAUAGAGCAGUGGAACCCAGUUGGUCUUGUUGGUAUCAUCACUGCCUUUAACUUUCCUGUGGCUGUCUAUGGCUGGAACAACGCCAUUGCUCUGACCUGUGGAAAUGUUUGCCUCUGGAAAGGAGCUCCCACCACACCUCUUACAAGUGUAGCAGUUACAAAGAUUGUAGCCGAAGUCCUAGAGCAGAAUAACCUGCCUGGCGCCAUCUGCUCCAUGACCUGUGGAGGCGCUGAUAUUGGCACAGCCAUGGCAAAGGAUGAACGUGUUGAUCUGCUGUCAUUCACUGGCAGCACCCAUGUUGGCCAGCAGGUGGCCAUGAUGGUGCAGGAAAGGUUUGGUCGUAAGCUUCUGGAGCUUGGUGGAAACAACGCCAUCAUCGUGUUUGAGGAUGCAGACCUCAAUCUUGUUGUACCCUCUGCUGUCUUUGCAUCCGUGGGAACCGCCGGCCAACGCUGCACCACAACAAGAAGGCUAAUGCUGCACGAGAGUGUUCACGACACUGUGGUUGAGAGGGUCGCCAAGGCCUACAAACAAGUCCGCAUUGGGGACCCCUGGGAUCCAAGCACCUUGUAUGGGCCUCUGCACACCAAACAAGCCGUGGAUCAGUACCUGGCGGCCAUUGAGCAGGCUAAGCAGCAGGGAGGCACUCUGGUCUGUGGAGGUAAGGUGAUGGACCGUCCUGGAAACUACGUGGAGCCCACCAUCAUUACAGGGCUGCCUCAUGAUGCUCCCAUCGUCCAUACAGAAACCUUUGUCCCCAUUCUCUACGUCCUGAAGUUCAAGACGGAAGAGGAGGCAUUCGCCUGGAACAAUGAGGUCAAGCAGGGUCUGUCCAGCAGCAUCUUCACCAAAGAUCUGGGUCGGGUUUUCCGCUGGCUUGGGCCCAAAGGUUCCGACUGUGGCAUUGUGAAUGUCAACAUUCCCACUAGCGGAGCUGAGAUUGGAGGAGCCUUCGGUGGUGAGAAACACACAGGAGGUGGAAGAGAGUCCGGCAGCGACUCAUGGAAGCAGUACAUGAGGCGCUCCACCUGCACAAUAAACUACAGCAAGGAUCUUCCUCUGGCCCAGGGAAUCAAGUUUGAGUAAAGCCAUCCGGUGGUUUGUUUUUGAACGGAUGUGAUGAGCCCAAAUAUAAAACACCGAAUGUUUUAGUGUUGAAGUGCAACCUUGCUAAUACAAGAUGUUCGUCAGUGCAUUUUUUGCAUUCGGAGAUGUCAGUUUGAAUUCAGACAAAUGUUGGAAUAAUGUUAAAUUUUCCUGUAUGAAAUCCAUCCAUGUUGUUUGCAUGAGAUACAAGUCCUGUUUGGAAAAAUUUUUAAAAAUAGUCUGUCUAAAAGGUCAAGUUUUUUCCCCUAUAACGACUGCGAGCACUUUUCUACAAGCACUUAGAGAGGGAGAUUCAGUGCUAGUUGACAGUUCCAGAUACUUUAUACUGUAUGAAAAUAAUUAUUACCGUUAACUUUGGAAGAACAUCUGAAGUGGGCUUUAUUAACAAGAAGAUACAAUCGCUGUAAUGUAAAUAGCAUUUAACAAGGACUGCUUAUAUUUGUUUUCAAGCUUUUCAAACUCCUUAAAGACAAUAGUUCAUGUUUCACCAAAUAAAGAUAUUGUUAGACCUAUUGUUUGUAUUUACAUUGCAGCAUUACUGUACUUUAAUAUAGAGUACCCUUUAAGAAAGGGUCAAAAUGGAAUUUCCUUUCAACAAAACUACAAUAAAUAAAGCAUUUCUUGUUGA